AGGAUAAAUUCAUUCUCUUGGGCUGGCACUUGUGAAGAGCAGGAGGAGACAGGCAGAAAUCUGAAUUACGCUGCGGCGUUCCCCCCACCCCCAAUCUUUGGCUACGGGGAAUUUUCAUGGGAUCUAAAACUCCCGUUUAAUCAGGAGCCAAGAAGGGGGGCGGGAAGAAAGAAGAAAAAAAAGGAGAAAAAGAAAGAGAAAGAAAGGAUAAGGGGGAGAGAAAAUGGAGAAAAGAAAAAAGAAGAAAAGAAAAGAAAAAGUUUUGAUUGCACUCAAAGAGAGGGAGAGCGAAUAGCAGCCCCCACUCCCGGAGUGAGUUAGGGAGGCGUAGCCCGGGAGUCUGAAAGAAAGGGUUGGCACGCUGCUGCUUGCAAGGACAGCUGUACUCUUCUAUGGACACCGUCAGGAUGUGACAUCACUAACGCGGAGAGAGAAAAAGCCCCGAAGUUUCUUUAAUGAAAACUCCUCCAGCCAAGGUUCCUUGCGUGGGAUCCUUCACUGCAGCGCUCUUGGUAAGCCGCGGGCACUUUUAAGGAGGGCGGCAGGGAUCCUUCUCCUUGGCUCCAGAGGAAAGCAACUUUUAUUCGGCUCGGCUGCGCAGGAGGCGGAACCAUCCUGAUUUUUAUUUUUAUUUUUGUCCUUUGGAAAGACUGGUCCGCCUUGUCAUCACCCUGGCUGGUUCCAGCCCAGAAUGGCUUUGUGCCUUAAGCAAGUUUUCAACAAAGACAAAACCUUCCGCCCCCGGAAGAAAUUUGAGCCGGGGACCCAGCGUUUUGAGCUGCACAAGAAAGCUCAAGCCUCUCUGAAAUCGGGACUCGACCUGAAAGCUGUGGUCCAGCUUCCCCCAGGGGAGAACAUCAACGACUGGAUCGCGGUGCACCUUGUGGACUUCUUCAACAGGAUAAAUCUCAUCUAUGGGACCAUGUCAGAAUUCUGUACCGAGAAGAGCUGCCCCAUCAUGUCGGGUGGCCUCAAGUAUGAGUACCGGUGGCAGGAUGACUACCGCUACAAGAGGCCCACCAAACUGUCGGCACCCCAAUAUAUGUGUAUGCUGAUGGACUGGAUCGAGACCUUAAUUAAUAAUGAGGACAUAUUUCCUACCAGGAUAGGUGUUCCUUUCCCCAAGAACUUCCAGCAGGUCUGCACCAAGAUCCUCACCCGCCUCUUCAGAGUCUUUGUCCAUGUCUACAUCCACCAUUUUGACAGCAUCAUCAGCAUGGGUGCCGAAGCUCAUGUCAACACCUGCUACAAGCACUUUUACUACUUUAUCAGCGAGUUUAGCUUGGUCGACCAAAGGGAAUUAGAGCCUCUGAAAGAAAUGACAGAAAGGAUUUGCCAUUAAGAUCAUCCGGGCAUCAUUUGAACGGACAAACUGUCCUCAUGAGGGCCUCACACGGUGAUCUGAACGACUACUGCUGGGAAUAUGAGGAACUUUGUGUUCCAGGGACUGAAACGUUUGGAAAUAGUGGACCCCAGUACGUCCAGUAGACAUAUGGACCCAAUAACAUUAUGUUCCUGCCUCUUGUACUCUUCCCCAGUGGCUGUAGCUGUGUGUCAUUUUGGUUUCAUUUUGUCCUCCAGAGACCCACCUCCUCCUAAGUUGUUUCGCACUUUUUUGAAGCGCAAAGAGGGAAAUAACCUGAGAAUUCCUCCACCGAGACCCGAAGAAAAAUGAUGAAUGUAUUCCACACAGAAGACUACGUUCAUCCCCUUUAGUCUAUCAAAGUGAAGAUGGUUCACAAGCAACAUGCCCUGCCUUGUACUGCAUUGGGGGGAAAUGGUUCACUAUCACCCUACCCUCCUCCAUUAUUAUUUUUAAUGAGCUACUGAUUAUUCCUCUCUAUAUAUGCUUUCGUCAGGAGAACCAGAGAUGCUAGGAAGAUACCAGACCACUGGGAAUGCUGGAUUGGAAGAACAUUUCCCCCCAGUAAGAUGUAAUUUGUAGAAAAUAAUAUUAGUAUUAGAACUGAGUGGAAUGAAACAACAAUUUGCUUCAGUUUUUCCUCAGCUUACAGAGCAUCCACACAACAGCCCACAUGCAAAUAUUUGCAGUCCAGUACAUCAAAAACAGAAGGCAGGAGCAUCCCAGUAAGGUGCCAGCAGAACACAUCUCUUCAGGUUGCACAAGUAAAUGAGCCACUGUGUGUGCUGAGGGGGAAACAAGCCCUACGAAGACUGAUACCAAUCCCCGAAAUGGAAUCAGUGCCAUAAAACAAUCAACAGUUGCUAAAGAGAAUUGAAGUUAUGGAGCAUGGAGCAUGCAGAUCUUGUACUUUUGAGGAACUUUGAUGCAUUUUUUUAAACUAUAGAAAAUACAGACGCUUUAGAAGGAGUCAAAUUAAUGGUUCCUCUAGCCCAAGACUCCCAAUCCCGGCUGGUGGUGACUUGACAGCUAUUUACGAUACUUUAGCUGCAACCCUAAACGCACUUUCUAGAAGAUAGCCCCCCCCCCUGAACACAGGGGCAUUAUUUCUGAAUAAGCAUGUAUAGAGCUGUGCUAUUUAACUGGAGGUGCCAAGAAUUGAACCUGGGAUUUUCCUACAUUCAAAAUGUGUGGUCUACCACUGAGCCAUGAGUCUUCCUUCCCCAUAAAACCCAGUGAUCAUUUCCCCAUUGACUGCGACUUUCUUCUUUUGAGAAGGGAGGGAACAAUAUUUUUUCUUCACUUUUUUCCUUAAGUGACCUGAGCCACUUGCAUCGAUGAGUUUUAUUAGUCAAGAUUUUAUACUUUCUACAACAAUAUUUAUAUCUUGGGUUGUCCUACUUUUUCUGCCAGUGAAGUUUAAAUAUUAAAAUUGCACAGAUAUUUUUUUUGAACUGACAGCACUUAUUUGUGACAUUUAAAAUCCUUAUGCUAUAUUUUCUCCAGGUAAGCAAGCAGAUAAAGAAAAUCAUUACUUAUUUGUGUCAUGAAAAACCUGUAUCUUAUAUGUGUCUUCUCCCAAUAAGAAAAAAAAGGGAUGCAAGGAGAUAAAGACCAAUGCAUACCAGUGCUACCACAAUAAUUUCUGCUAAGAAAAGAAAAACUAAAGUGUUAGAUGUUC